UCGGGUAAGGCGUGCUCUGGUGUAAGCGGCGUCUUCAUCUUCCUUCGAUGGACGAGACAGGAGACGACGCGUUACAGGAGGUUGUUUGGUGUCUCCAUUCUCCCUGAGCGAGUCUUUAAGUUGGGGGGCCAGCUUCCUUUCCUCCGUGUUCGUUCUCUCUUCAUCUCGAACCCAGAGUCUAAGAGAUAUCGAAGACCGGGGAAGAAAAAGCAGCGCUGGAAACAAGCGCUUGACACAUAUUGUGUCGUCCAUCUUCUACCUGUCUUGAGAAACGCUUAGCAAACACUCCUUCCUCAAGAUGGCAGCCGGAGAGCCCAUUCGGUUGAGCCUGUACAUCUAUGCCCCGAACAAAGGGGCACCCAUCUUCUUCGCCAUUGCGUACUUCAUCUCUGCGGUCUUCCAUAUCUGGCAGUGCUAUCGCUACAAAGCAUGGCGGUUGAUCGGACUACAUCCGGUUUGCGCCUUGUUGUUUACCGUCGGCUACGCACUGCGAGAAUAUGGAGCAUACAACUACCUGUUCUCCACUACCACCAAGGUGCCCCUGAGCAUCUUCAUCGUCAGUCAGAUCUUCAUCUACAUUUGCCCCCCCCUUCUCGAACUGGCCAACUACCACGUCCUGGGCCGGGUAUUCUACUACGUGCCCUACUGCUCCCCUCUCCCUCCAAACCGCGUCCUCUCCACCUUCGGCGGGCUCAUGAUGCUGGUCGAAGUGCUCAACUCGCUCGGCGUCUCGCUAGCCGCCAACACGUCCGGCAAAGCAUCCACACAAAAGAUCGGCAGCAGCCUAACCAUCGCGGCGGUCUCCAUCCAGCUGCUCGUGAUCCUCAUGUUCUUCAGCCUGGCCGCCGUCUUCCACCACCGCUGCGCCAACAAGGCCCAAAUCCGCGCCGCGAACGUCUACACCCUCCUGACCACACUAUACCUAUCCAUGGCCCUGAUCCUCGUGCGGUGCAUCUACCGCCUGGCCGAGCACACGGUCGGCCCGCACAAGAUCGAGAUCAACAACCUCGAGGCCCUGCGGCAGCUCAGCCCCCUGCUGCGGUACGAGGUGUUCUUCUACGUGUUCGAGGCCAGCCUGAUGCUGGUCAACUCGCUGCUGUGGAACGUGUGGCACCCGGGCCGGCUCGUGGCGAGCGACAACCGCGUGUACCUGGCCCGGGACGGCACCGAGGCCUAUCGGGACGAGGACGAGGACAAGCGGCCGCUGUUUGCCAAGACGGCGAAUAUGUUCACGUUUGGCCUGCUGUUUCGCCGCAAGGGUUCGGCGGAGCGGUUCCACCAGCUUGAUGAGUACUCCUCGGUUGCUGGGGGGAGUCGCGGGGAGGAUGGUGGUGAGAGCGGUGCUGGGCCGCUUAAGUAAGCUAGUGAUCGGUGGCGUGAAGUAG